CGCGGCCGCCUGGACCCGCCAAGCGCCCAGCGUGGAGCAGACAUGACCUCGCGCAGGUGGUUUCACCCCAACAUCAGUGGAGUUGAAGCAGAGAGGCUGCUCCUGUCCAGGGGCCAGCACGGGAGCUUCCUGGCAAGACCCAGCAAGAGCUGCCCAGGGGCCUUCACACUGUCUGUCAGGCGCCACGAUGAGGUGACACACAUCAAGAUCCAAAACACGGGGGACUACUAUGGCCUCUACGGAGGGGAGAAGUUUGCGACGCUGGCCGAGCUGGUGCAGCACCACACAGGCCAGCACGGGGGGCUGCUCCGCGAGCGUAGCGGGGCCCCCGUCGAGCUCCGGCACCCACUGGGCUGCCGGGACCCCACAUCUGAGCGGUGGUACCAUGGGCACCUGUCUGGACAGGAGGCCGAGCAGCUGCUGAUGGAAAAAGGACGUCCGGGCACCUUCCUGGUGCGGGAGAGUCGGAGCAAACCCGGGGACUUCGUGCUGUCGGUGCUCACGCAGCCGCUGGACAAGGCAGACCGCCGGCCGCGGGUCACACACAUCAUGAUCCGCUUCCAGCCAGACGGCACGUAUGACGUGGGAGGUGGGGAACGGUUCGACACUCUCAGGGACCUGGUGGAGUGCCACAAGAAGAACCCCAUGGUGGAGAAGUCGGGGGUCGUGGUGCACCUCAAGCAGCCCCUCAAGGCCACGAGGAUCAAUGCCGCAAGCAUCGAGAGCCGAGUACAGGAGCUCACCGGGGCCACUGAUGCCGGCGAGAAGGCCAAACAGGGCUUCUGGGAGGAGUUUGAGAUGCUGCAGCAGCAGGAAUGCCAGCUCCUGUAUCCCCGGAAGGAGGGACAGCGGCUGGAGAACAAAGCCAAGAAUCGCUACAAGAACAUCCUUCCAUUUGAUACCACCCGUGUCACCCUGCAUGACGUGGACGACAGCGUGCCUGGAGCCAACUACAUCAACGCCAACUACAUCAGGAGUGAUCCAGAAGAGAAGCCAGGCCAUGGACAGGGCAAGGUAUACAUCGCUACCCAGGGCUGUCUGCAGACCACAGUGGCGGCCUUCUGGGCGAUGGUGCACCAGGAGAACACACGUGUCAUUGUCAUGGCCACAAGGGAGGUGGAGCGAGGCCGGAACAAAUGUUUCCGAUACUGGCCAGAGCUGCAUGGCCGCCAAGAACAUGGCCGUGUGUGUGUCUGCAACUUGGCUGAGCACCAGGCCCAGGGCUACUGUGUGCGGGAACUGCAGGUGUGGCGGCCAGAUCAGGGGGAGCCACCGCGCACAGUGAAGCACUACCAGUACUUCAGUUGGCCAGACCACGGGGUCCCGGCCGAGCCGGCCGGCGUCCUCGACUUCCUGGACCAAGUGAACAGGGCACAGAACAGCAUGCCAGGGGCCGGACCCAUGGUGGUGCAUUGCAGGUGCGAUCGGGGAUGGGGUGGGCGGGCAACGCAGGUGCCACCCGAGGCGGGGCCGCGGCCUUCUCCCCUAACCUCUUCCCAGGCCUCCUGGUCCGUCCCCACAGCGCCGGCAUCGGACGCACUGGCACCAUCAUCGUGAUUGACAUCCUGGUGGACAUCAUCCGCAGGCAGGGUGAGCCGCGCGGCCCCCUCCCGCAGGCCAGCCCCUCCUAUCUAGGCCCUCUCCU